GUAUUCUGGUCAUUUCAACCAUCAUCUCCUCCAAGUGUCCAACGUCGAUCCACUUCCACUUCCAGUGCUCAACUGCAGUCCAUCCUCCGCUCUUUGCUCCUACCAUUUCUCCGAAUCCGUUGCCACCGGAGCUCCUCGAUCUUCCAUCUCUGGGAAUGGCUUCUCCGGAAGCUGAUUCCCGCUUAAUCCAAGUUGUCGCUCCUGCCCUAGACAAGAUAGUGAAAAAUUCGUCCUGGCUCAAGCACUCCAAACUCGCCGCCGAGUGUAAAUCCGUCAUUGAACACCUCAAUUCGACGAAUCAAAGCCCAGUACCCAACUCACCUCCUGCUUCCCCUGCCGCCCAAUCGGAUCUCGAGGCCCCGUCGCACUCCGGCGUCCUCCUCGAUCUCCCACUAUCCAGUUCCAGUUUAAUUCUCAGCCCCCUAGUCAAUGCGCUCUCGACUGGCAAUCUUAAGGUUUCGGAACCCGCUCUUGACGCGGUGCAGAAAUUGAUUGCCCAUGGAUAUCUCCACGGGGAAGCCGAUCCAAGCGGAGGACCGGAAGCGAAGCUAUUGUCCAAAUUGAUUGAUUCGGCCUGCAAAUGCCGCGAUUUAGGGGAUGAAAAUGCGGAGCUAUUGGUGAUCAAAACGCUGCUAUCGGCGGUUAUGGCGGUCUCCCUGAGGAUACACGGCGAUUGUUUGUUACAAGUAGUACGGACUUGCUACGACAUUUACUUGAACAGUAAGAAUGCGGUGAGUCAGACUACUGCCAAGGCGUCGUUGGUUCAGAUGCUAGUUCUUAUCUUCCGUAGAAUGGAGGCAGAUUCAUCGAACGUAGCGAUGCAGCCUAUUGUCGUGGCGGAACUGAUGGGACCAUUGGAGAAGGAGGAUGAGGAUGGUUCCAUGGCAGUGUUUGUUCAAGGUUUUAUCACCAAAAUCAUGCAGGACUUCGAUGGAGUUUUCAGCCCCGGUGGUGGAGCGACGGGAUCAGGGAUCGGGGUGCAUGACGGGGCCUUUGAUACCAAGACAGCAACAGUGGAGGGAACAAAUCCGACAGACUUGUUAGAGUCAACGGAUAAGGACAUGCUGGAUGCAAGAUUUUGGGAGAUUAACAUGUAUAAGUCUCGGUUGGAAGGUAAGAAGGGGGAGAUGCCUGAGGAUGAGGGAGAAAGAGACGAUGAUUUGGAUGUUCAGAUUGGGAACAAGUUGAGAAGGGAUGCUUUUUUGGUCUUUAGAGCUUUGUGUAAGCUUUCAAUGAAGACUCCACCCAAGGAUGCGAUUUCAGACCCUAAAGCUAUGAAGGGGAAGAUUGUGGCGUUGGAGUUGCUCAAAAUCUUGCUGGAGAAUGCCGGGGAGGUAUUUCGGACUAGCGAAAGGUUUUUAGAUGCUAUAAAGCAAUAUUUGUGUCUAUCACUAUUGAAGAACAGUGCCUCAAACCUUAUGAUCAUUUUCCAGCUUUCUUGCUCAAUAUUAUUAAGUCUGGUAUCGCGAUUUAGAGCUGGACUGAAAGCAGAAAUUGGAGUGUUUUUCCCCAUGAUAAUUCUUCGAGUCCUAGAAAAUGUUGCUGUAACAAAUUUUCAGCAAAAGAUGACAGUGCUUCAGUUUCUGGGAAAGCUGUGCAGUGAUUCGCAGAUCUUGGUAGACAUAUUCCUCAACUAUGAUUGUGAUGUUAAUGCGUCUAACAUAUUUGAGAGGUUGGUCAACGGGCUGCUUAAAACUGCUCAAGGGGUUCCACAUGGUGUGGCAAGUGCCCUUCAACCUCCUCAAGAUGCAACCAUGAAACUAGAAGCUAUGAAAUGCUUGGUAGCUAUUUUGAAGAGCAUGGGUGACUGGAUGAACAAGCAGUUACGAAUUCCAGAUUCUCAGCCUGCCAAGAAACUAGAUGCGGCUGGAAACACUUCUGAUCCUGGGAGUCACCCUUUUGCAAAUGGCAAUGCAGACGAGCACCCUGAAGUUUCAGAUGGUCCUGCUGAAGGUUCUACUGAAGCUUCUGAUGUUUCGAUGCUUGAGCAACGUCGUGCAUACAAACUAGAACUGCAGGAAGGCAUUUCUCUUUUUAAUCGGAAACCAAAGAAAGGUAUUGAGUACCUGAUAAAUGCAAAUAAAGUGGGAAAGUCACCUGAGGAGAUAGCAGCUUUUCUUAAAAAUGCAUCUGGUUUAAAUAAAACCCUGAUUGGCGACUAUUUGGGUGAAAGGGAAGAUUUGUCACUGAAAGUGAUGCAUGCUUAUGUGGAUUCUUUUGAUUUCCAAGGCAUGGAGUUCGAUGAUGCAAUUAGGGUCUUCCUACAGGGUUUUAGACUGCCUGGUGAAGCUCAGAAGAUUGAUCGUAUUAUGGAAAAGUUUGCUGAACGAUACUGCAAAUGUAAUCCAAAGACAUUCUCAAGUGCCGACACAGCUUAUGUCCUUGCCUACUCUGUUAUACUGCUGAAUACGGAUGCACAUAACCCUAUGGUCAAAACCAAGAUGUCAGCUGAGGAUUUUAUAAGGAACAAUCGCGGAAUUGAUGAUGGAAAAGAUUUACCAGAGAAGGACCUAAGAUCAUUAUUUGAAAGAAUAUCAAGAAAUGAGAUUAAAAUGAAAGAAGAUGAUGUGUCGAUCCAACAAACACAGUCUGUGAAUUCGGGCAGAGUUUUAGGCUUAGACAGUAUACUGAAUAUUGUGAUCCGUAAACGAGGAGAAGACAGUAUGGAGACCAGUGACGACCUCAUUAGACACAUGCAGGAACAGUUCAAAGAAAAGGCUCGAAAGUCAGAGUCAAUUUAUUAUCCUGCAACAGAUGCAGUGAUACUCCGGUUCAUGAUUGAGGCAUGUUGGGCACCAAUGUUGGCUGCCUUCAGUGUUCCACUUGAUCAGAGUGACGAUGACACUGUCAUAUCCCUAUGCUUGGAAGGUUUUCGCAGCGCAAUUCAUGUUACUGCAGCAAUGGCCACAAAAACCCAUAGAGAUGCUUUUGUGACAUCUUUAGCAAAGUUUACAUCUCUCCACUCACCUGCAGAUAUUAAACAAAAAAACAUAGAUGCAAUCAAGGCUAUGAUUGCAAUAGCGGAUGAAGAUGGGAACUAUUUACAGGAGGCCUGGGAACAUGUUUUAACAUGUGUUUCAAGGUUUGAACAUUUGCAUCUCUUAGGAGAAGGCGCUCCACCUGAUGCGACGUUCUUUGGGAUUCAUCAGAAUGAAUCAGACAAAUCUAAACUAGGGAAAUCUGAUACUUCCCCUGCCCUGAAAAAGAAGGGUUCUGGGAAGAUUUGGAAUGCCGCGUCUGCUGUGAGGAGGGGAUCUUACGAUAGUGCUGGGAUUGGUGGUAAUGUGGCUGCUGUAAUUACAUCCGAACAAAUGAACAACUUGGUCUCGAAUUUGAACAUGUUGGAACAAGUUGGUGAAGUGAACCGCAUAUUUGUAAGGAGCCAAAAACUAAAUAGUGAGGCAAUAGUUGAUUUUGUCAAGGCACUUUGCAAGGUGGCUAUGGAAGAACUGGGAUCUGCAUCGGAUCCGCGAGUUUUCAGCCUUACAAAGAUUGUUGAGAUUGCGCAUUACAACAUGAAUCGCAUCAGGUUCGUCUGGUCGAAAAUAUGGCAAGUGCUCUCUGAUCUUUUUGUGACCAUUGGCUGUUCAGAAAACCUUUCUAUUGCAAUAUUUGCAAUGGAUUCUCUACGGCAGCUGUCAAAGAAAUUCUUGGAGCGAGAAGAAUUGGCUAAUUACAACUUCCAGAAUGAGUUCAUGAAGCCUUUCGUAAUAGUGAUGCGCAAGAGCAAUUCUGUCGAAAUCAGGGAACUGAUUAUCAGAUGCUUUUCUCAGAUGGUGCUUUCUCGAGUUAAUUGUGUCAAAUCUGGAUGGAGGAGUAUGUUCAUGGUCUUCACGACAGCCGCGUAUGAUGAUCAUAAGAACAUUGUCUUCCUCGCCUUUGAAAUCAUUGAGAAGAUCAUCCGCGAUUAUUUUCCCUAUAUUACUGAAACUGAGACCACCACUUUCACCGACUGUGUAAAUUGUUUGAUAGCCUUCACUAAUAAUCGAUUCAGCAGAGAGAUCAGCCUCAAUUGCAUCGGUUUCCUUCGAUUCUGCGCUGCAAAGCUUGCUGAUGGAGAUAUAGGCCAGGUACCUUCAAUAUCACCUCGGAAAGGAAAAGAGGUAAAACUCGACAAUGGAGAAGCAGCACAUAAUGUGGAUCAUCUUUACUUAUGGUUCCCCUUAUUGGCAGGAUUAUCCGAGCUGAGCUUCGACCCAAAGCCCGAAAUCAGGAAAAACGCCCUGGAAGUACUCUUCGACACUUUGCGCAACUACGGCCAACAUUUCGGGCUCUCCUUGUGGGAAAAGGUGUUCGAAUCCGUCCUAUUCAGAAUCUUCGACAAUGCUCGACAUGCUAUUGACCCACCCGGUGAGAACUCGCCAGGCCGCGCUGCUAAUAGCAACUUGGAAGAACUCGACCAAGAUUCCUGGCUCUACGAAACUUGCACAUUGGCUUUACAGCUGGUUGUAGAUCUCUUCAUCAAUUUUUACGACACGGUCAAUCCGCUCCUGAAGAAAGUGCUGAUGCUGUUGGUGAGUUUCAUCGAACGCCCGCAUCAAAGCCUUGCCGGCAUCGGUAUUACUGCUUUCGUUCGCCUGGUGAGCAGUGCUGGAAAUUCAUUUUCCGAAGAUCAGUGGCUCGAGGUUGUCUCGGCUCUCAAAGAAGCUUCCAAGGAAACACUCCCCGACUUCUCCUUCGUGCACGAUGAUGUUGGUUCGAUCUCGGAUAGUAAUUUGAGAAGUGAUCGCAUCUACGCUGCUGUAUCGGACGCCAAGUGCCGCGCUGCUGUUCAGCUUUUACUAAUUCAGGCUGUAAUGGAGAUCUACAAUGCUUACCGAGCUCAGCUGUCGGUCGAAAACACGGUCAUCCUGUUCGAGGCAUCGCAUGCCGUCGCAUUAAAUGCUCACGGGAUAAACAGCGACGCCCGGCUGUGCGCGAAGCUGCAAGAGCUCAGCCAGAUGCAGGAUCCUCCACUGCUCCGUCUCGAGAACGAGUCGUACCAAAUUGGUCUCGUGGUUCUACAGAACCUCGUCGUCGAUGGGCCCUCUCGUCCCGAAGUGGAGUCCCGCCUCGUCGAUCUCUGCCAAGAAGUUCUCCGGUCGUACAUUGAAGUGGCGAGCGCAAACCGAAUCGCCGAAUCAUCCCUCGACGGGGAUCGACGCUGGAUGAUCCCUCUGGGUUCCGGGAAACGGAGAGAGCUGGCGGCACGGGCGCCCGUGAUCGUUGCGGCGCUACACGCCGUGAGCGCCUUGGAAGAUUCGUCGCUGAAGAAGAACUUGUCUUGCUUCCUUCCGUUACUCUCGAGCUUGAUUAGCUGCGAGCACGGGACGAACGAGGUCCAGGCUGCGCUCGGCGACGUGCUCGACUCGUCGGUCGGCCCGGUUUUGCUGAGGUCAUGCUGACUGAGGAGUGUACUCACCCCUUACAUACAGGUAUUAUUGUUGUUAUAUACGAAAGGCUGUUAUAGUUGAGUGUUAAUUUUGUUGAUUUAGAGAGGGAAGAGCGUAUCAGAUGAGAUGAUGAGAAAGGAGGUAUUAUAUGUUGUUGUUGUAUGAUAUUUUGAUGUCUGUUUCUUUCUGUCUAUAGUGUUGUUGUCUGAAGAAUCUUUGAUUGUUCAUUUACUUGGGUAAUAUUGUAGUGCAAGAACAUACACAUGUUUCUUCUUUUUA